AUGGCACAGGGUUCUCAUGGAGGCUUGCUUUUGUUGGUUAUGCUAAUACUGGCAUUCAAUAUAUCUUGCUCGCUAGCUUCUCUGAAAAUUGGAAAUAAGAUCAAAUCCGCCACUUUUCUUUCACCUGAGUUUGUACUGAAGCCAGGAUCAGUGGAGAAUAGGUUUUACCACAAUAUUGACUUUCCAAGAGGUCAUAUUGGUCUUAAGAGUUUUAAUGCUGAAGUAAUUGAUGAAGCUGGGAAUCCUAUACCCCUUCAUGAAACUUACCUUCACCAUUGGCUUGUCGAGAAGUACUAUAAGCGUCAGGAUAUGGCUGAGAACAAUGAUAAGCAGAAGUUUCAGGAGCCAGAUCUUAUAUUCGCAAGAAACAGUGGAAUAUGCCAAGAUAAUGUUCUGGGACAGUAUUUUGGCCUUGGAUCUGAAACACGAAAAACAGAUACUCAUAUUCCCGAUCCUUAUGCAGUAGAAAUUGGCAACCCUGCUAGAAUUCCUGCAGGAUAUGAGGAGAAAUGGAUGCUUAAUGUUCAUGCCAUCGAUACACGGGGUGCUGUAGAUAGGUUAGGAUGCACUGAAUGCAGGUGUGAUCUCUACAACAUCACAGUGGAUGAAUAUGGCGAGCCUUUGAGGCCAGACUACAGAGGGGGUAUAAGUUGUUGCUAUGACCAAACUCAUUGCAAGGUACGAAAAGGUUAUGGGGGUGCCAGGAGGAGUCUAUACUUGCGAUAUACGGUGGAAUGGGUUGAUUGGGAUUUUGGCAUUAUUCCUGUUAAAAUCAUUCUACUUGAUGUCACUGAUACUGGGAAAAGGCUUAAUGUUUCUACACCAUUGAGUCCAGAGAAUGGUUGCCAGGUCGAGUAUGAUAUUGAAUCUUGCAGCAGGGAAGAGGCAGCUUCUAAUGGAUGCAUUGACGUCCGAAGGACAAGCCUAACCAUGCCAAUCAGUGGUAAUGUCAUCUAUGGUGUUGCCCACCAGCAUACUGGGGGAACUGGUUCAACUCUGUUUGGGGAGGAUGGAAGUGUUAUAUGUACUUCAGAACCAAUUUAUGGAAAAGGAAAAGAUGCAGGAGAUGAGGCAGGUUAUAUAGUAGGAAUGUCCACCUGUUAUCCUGAACCAGGCUCCAUCCAGAUAACAGCUGGGGAGAAACUAGUUCUUGAAUCUAAUUACAGCAGUACUCAAAAGCACACCGGAGUUAUGGGCCUUUUCUACAUUUUGGUUGCAGACAGAACACCAAAUCCCACCAAUUUCUUGUACUAUCCGAUUCAUAUGCAUAAAAACAUGAAAGUAUCAACGCCUGCUAUAGCAAUAGUAGCUGUGUUUGGACUGGCAAUAAUAGCCAUUGCUGUCGGCCUCGUUUCUAGACCGAAAAAGGAGAGAGAAGAAGGCUACGAACCGAUUAUGGCGUAG